AUGGGGUCGAUAUGCCGGGAGGAAAUGACGCCAUACUCGGACCUGGAGUUCGCCAUUUUGGUGGAAGAAGGGAAGUGCACGGAUCAAACCAAGACCUACUUCCGCACCCUCACUCACUUGCUUCAUUUGAAAGUUUUAAACCUAGGGGAGACGAUCCUGCCAUCCAUGGCAAUCAAAAGUCUCAAUGACUUCAACAACAAGGAAACUGACUGGUACUAUGACGAUACGACACCUUGUGGAUUCAGUUUUGACGGCUCCAUGCCCUGGGCGAGCAAGACAGCCCUCGGCAGGGACCAAACCUCGUCCAAACCCGCCUUAGAACUCAUCAUGACUCCCAGCGAAAUGGCGGAGCUGCAAAAGGACGAGCGAUCAGUCAAAGAAGGGUACCAUCUAGCUGAUGUCCUCUGUAACGUGACUUUGAUCUCAGGUGAGCAAACUUUGGUAGAGGCUUACAGAAGUAAGGUCCAGGAGUUGCUCGAUCUUCCCUCACAAGUAAGACUCGGUUUGACAGUUAGGGCCCAGAGGGGGUUAGCAUCCUUAGCAGGAUUUUCCAUAGCGAAGGAAUCUAUUUUGAAGCACCUUCCCGUUUUGGGCCGACCGGUCCAUGUAAAGAAGGUUUUGUACCGUUUAGGUAGUUUGGUAGUGGAAUCACUUGGUUUAUUGUUCAACUGUACCGGAGAAAGUGUGGAUAACACACUGAGAAAUCUGUUGCAGAUCCACGCUCUGACGCCAGAGGCGCACCAUAAUUUCAGUACAAUAGUUGCCAUUGUGGACGAACUACGUCUGCAUACAUACGUAGCAAACAGAGCACAACGAGGAUUAUUGGGAUAUAAUGUUACAACGGUGAAAGACAGCAGGGUUUACAACACAUUUGACCGCAAACACCACGUCAUCUGGCGACGGUUGUUGUACACACUAAUACCACUACAUGUCUGUGUGAAUAAGUUUCUCACUGCGGUAGACAGAGCAGUUCAUGCUUCCGCCAUCACGUCCGUCACAGGCAAAGGUGAUAUGAUCGAGCUGUUACGCCAUUUGAUUGACAUUUCUCGCUCUGCUUUUGACAAGGACACAUAUAGAGCUGAUUUUUUCACUGCCCAUUUAGUAUCAAUGAUACUGAGCGACAUUCCUCCUUCAGUUCGCCUACUACGUGAUGACCCAUCUGUCGUCAAUUGCUGUGGCACAUUGGUUAAGUUUUUCGAAGAUUAUUGGAAUCUGAAAAAGAUGACAUAUGUAGAUACUCACACUUGUAUUAUGAUGCUUUUAUCUGGUGCCAUCAGUGGCAUCGACCAUCGGGAUAAACAUAUUAUCAAGAGUACGCCGAUGUUUGGGCUGGGUGUUAUUUUUGUUACAUUAAUGCAUUGCGUUGCUGCUCAUACAUUUUACCUCACAAGAGAUUUGCUAUUAGCACGUGAAAUGCUAGACCUUGCCAUUAACGAAGACAAGAACCGCAUGUCCAGUAAUUAUCCCCUUGGGCAUAUUAUGAGACAGGUUUCAAGCGAAGUUUGUUCGGUUAUCAGUAGAUUGUCGGCUGCUCUUGGUGAUUACACGACUGCGGUUAAGUACGUCGUGGAAGAACUCCAGUUAAUUCAACCCUUCAAUAAGCGAGAAGAUGAGAUGCCAACUCGUUUCCUGCUGUGGAAAACGUACUCUGAGCUGUCCAUGCCAGAGGAAGCAGAGAAGCACAGGCUACGGUGGAUACACUGUUUGCAUCCACUUUUGGUGGAAGCAGUGCUUAUGCUUCAAAACCAGACUUCCCGUGAUGAUGCCCAAAGUAAAACCGUCGAAGAACGAUUUCAGAAGUUUGAAGAAUCUCUCCAAGCUGACAGAAGGGUCGUACCGUGGGACGUUGCCGUUUACGUGCUGAACUAUUCGAAGCUGCUGGAAAAUCAGAAACGUUAUGUCGACGUCGACCGAGUGUACGAUACAGCACUGAACAAACUACAGGCAUGGAAUUCUUCAAGUCCGAACUUCGACACGAAAGUGUAUCCAAGAAUGAUCAUAUCACAGGCUGCAUGCCUUUUCUACAUGAGACAAGGCAAUCACGGAAGAUCUUUGGAUUGCCUCCAUAGUGUCCUUAGAUACUCCACACUACUUCCCGUUGACCGUGUAGUCUGCGCCUGCAAGGAUCACGCCACGAUAAAUUAUGUACGCUUUUACACUGAAGCUCUGCAUUUCCAACAAAAUGCUGGCGGCAACAAAGACGUAAAGCAUACUUUAUUGAAAAACAUCGGCGAAGUUUGCUCUAUCGUAUCGUUCCGCGCCACAGCGUUCGGGCCGAAGGUUGCCGACGCAUGCGCAGACUGUGUAUAUGACUUGGGGGAGGCAUUAGAGAACAUGGGAGAAACCCUGGCAGCAGUAGAAAUGUUCCAUGUUGGACUGAAGAUCUGUACCUCACAGGAAUUCUUCAACAAAGCGCUUGUUUUUCUGACAGCCAUGUUCAGAGCUCGUAGAAUACCGAUAAUCCACUGUACAUGCAAUCGAUAAGCUUGACAAUAACGGAAAGUAUAGUCC